AUGGUCGUGGAACUCUCCUCCACCGACGCCGAGACUCAAACUUUGACAAGUCAACGGCGCAGGCCUGCCAUAGGCCACGGCGCCCUUCGCGAAGAUGAUUCCCACCGCACACUUCGCAGUCCGUUAUUGGCUUCCAGUGGUGCCACCAACAGGUCACCGACCGGUAGUAUCGCCUCACAAACUCUGUCGGCCGGGUCAGCGCCUUCGACGUUUCUACGGCUCCGCCAUCGACACUAUGCGAAUUUCCGUGAGCUGCGUGGCAAAAUCUCCCGCGUGCCUAGAUUCUGGCUCUGGCCACGGUUUCUCUACAAUUCCUUCUUCGCCAAACGCCUCAUCCUACAGUGGCUUGCGGACUUUAAGGCCAGCAACCCCGAAGACUUCGAGCACUGCAGAAUGACGGUGAUCUUCUCUGGUCUCAUCUAUCACAUGUUGCCCGUUGCAGUCUUGUUAUUCUUGCCUGGGUCGGGUCUGCGCAGCUUCGAGCCCAUUCCGAAGAUCAGACGCCGGCUCGUUUUCCAGUUAUGCGAGUUGCUCGCGGUCUGUGCGUUGGUUUUUGACGCAGCGCUGGUAUUCUACUUCCCUGUCGUGCUGUUUACGGGAGCGAUUUACGCGUGUGACAGCUACGCAAUGCACUUGUUUACAGUAGGGGGAGCUGUCUGCUACGUUGGAUUGUUUAUUGUCAUCUACUACUUUGCUCGAUACCGAGAACACAUCAAGAUGCAGCUGGGAGCAUUUACUGAGAGCGAUCAGACGGAAGGUAUUCGCAAGCAUGACUUGGACUUAAGCCAAGAUAAAACCAUGAAGAUGCUGUCUGUUGUACGGACUCGUCUGUACUACGCUACACGCCGAGGAGACCUUCCAGAAAUGCGAGCAAUCCUUGACUGCGCUGGAACGAGAGGACUCACCGAAUUUGGCAAACUUUACGCUUCACCAACAAUUAAGUUUAAAUUUUUCGCCAAAACUCGUCGAAACCCGGUGCACGUGGCAGCGUAUCAUGGCAAUAUUCUAGCACUUGAGCUGCUCAAGGAGUAUGGCUUCGACAUGACCGCACAGGACAAGUACAACAGCGUACAUUUCUCGACUGGAAGCCUCUUCUGGUAUUUUGCUCGGAUUUUCGUUAAGCGACCGAGUAAUAGUCUCGAGAACAUGGCUGUGUCUGUCUUUCAGACAACUCUCAUGACGCCGCUGCACUGUGCUGUAUCCACGGGCCAGACCGAAACGGUGCGAUGGCUUUUGGACCACGGUGCUUGCCCAAAUACAUUGACGCAAGCUUCGUUCAGAUCCAACCGCGUGCCCCCGCUAUUCUUCGCCGAACACGCCGAAAUCGCUCGCGAGUUGCUAAUUCAUGGUGCCGACCCCCUCGUUAUCCCGGACCCAGGUUUCAUGAAUACCAUGACACCACUGCAGCUAGCGUAUGUUCGAGGAAAGUAUGCUGUGGCUCAAGAACUCGAAGAGUGGGGCGGCGAUGUUGCGCUCACUCCGUUCCACCUGGCAGCAGCUCGUAACGACGUCUUGGCCGUGCGAAAGUUUCUGUCUCGAAAGACUGAUAUCGACUGCCUGGGCGAAAUGGGGUAUGUGGGGCUCAACCGAAGGACGCCUUUGCACUGGGCAGCCAUCAGCGGCUCGACAGAGGCUGUGAAUGUGCUUCUAGAGGCUGGAGCUAACCCGGCCUUCCAGGACGCACGUGGACGCUCCCCCUUUCAUUGGGCAGCAAGACUCAACAAGCUGGACGCUGUGCGUUCAUUGAUUGAAGCUGGCGCUGAGCCCAAUUUGGCCGAUGGGGAGUUCAUGACGCCACUCAUGUGUGCUGCGCUGGCGCUAGAUGGUUCUCAAGAACUCUUUAGCGAGCUUACUAGAGCAGGAGGUGACAUCGCUUACCAGCUGCCCACCACAGGCGAUACGGCGCUACAUAUCGCCGUCCGUGGAGAGAAUCAGUCAUCUUCACUGGCAGCUCUUGCGAACGGAGGCGACCUCAUGCCGCAUGAGGCGUCUGCGCUGGCUGUGUUGGCGUCAGGUGGAGAUCUCAUGCGAAUGAAUAACGAAGGGCUACGUCCACUGGACUGCACUGCGUCCACCAGGUUAUUGUUCGAGUUGAAGCGAGCUGCCGGUCAACGAGACGUCAUGAUCAGCUACACGCACUCGCACUUGGCGUUUGCUCGAAAGCUGCGUCAGUCUCUGGAGGAAGCGAACGUGACAACGUGGUUAGAUCUGAUGGACCCCAGCGGCAUUGGUGGCGGAGCUGUGUGGCGUGAGGAGAUCGCUCGAGGGAUCACCAACGCGUCGGUAGUGUUGUGUAUCUUGACUGAAGACUACGCGUCGUCCGAGUGGUGUCUGAAGGAACUGGCACUGGCCAAACAGGUGGGGACUCCCAUCUUGGCUGUCUCGACUGAAGGCGCCAUCGUCGAUGAGAACUUGCAAGUGUAUUUGUACACGCGACAGAUCGUCCCAUUCGAGCCUGCCAUCGUAGGUCUCCGUCGCAAUGGAGGCAGGAUCGAGUACGACUACGAUGAAACCAGAUAUCGAUCUCAGUUCCAUCUGCUUCUAGACGGUGUACGCGAUGAGGUCGAGAAGCGUCGUGACUUUACGAAGCAAAAUACUGUCGCUAGCAGUCGUACUUUGGAUCUCGAUGGGGACAGCACCGAGGGCGGUGCCAGAUCGAGCAGUCGAGGGACAAUGCUGCAGACGUUAGGCAAUACACGGCUAUCUCCAGGUCAAUUUGUAUUCUUUUCUCACGGAGACAAACAUAUCCCUCUCGUGCGGAAGCUGGCAUCUCAACUGCGAGAAGCAGGUGUAGCCUGCUACAUCGAUCGCAACGUCGGAGAUCAAGACUUCAACGCGCGCAUCCAGGUCGCACAGGAGACUAUUCUGCGCUGUUCGGGCUUUGUGAUGGCGCUCGCAGAAGACAAGGGUCGACCGAUCUUCCCGAUUGCUUGA